AUGUAUAUUUCAUCGAAAAUGGACACCAUCAACACGAAUGGUAUUGACAAAAAUCUUCACGAUAGUCCAUUCCGACUUGGUUCCAGCAACGUCGAUUGGUGUGAGCCUAACUAUGUUGUUAGUGCUUAUAUCAGCGAAUUUUGGAAUACAGUCUCCAAUAUAUUCUUCUUUUUGGUUCCACCGCUAAUGAUUGCACUGUUUGCGUCUUACUCGAAACGAACUGCAAAUGGAAUCUCAGUGCUCUGGAUUUUAUUGAUCAUCAUUGGGACUGGUUCUGUGUAUUUUCAUGCUACACUUAGUCUUGCUGGACAAUUAGUUGAUGAAAUAUCGAUUCUCUGGGUAUUGAUGGCAGGUUAUGCACUAUUCUUGCCUGCAACUUAUUUCCCACAGUCACUACGUGUUCAACGCGCUCUAUAUAAAUGGGGUGUGACCCAUAAUAGUGGACAACGUCGAUUUGUAUAUAGUUGCAUUGUAUUGACGAUGAUCAUUACUUGUCUUUCUAUUAUAUAUCCAUAUGCUAAUGCUUUCGCCUUGAUGAUUCUUGGUUUACCUGCCAUUGCUUUUCUAGCCGUACAUCUCUCAAAGUGCGAUAAUCGUCGUAUUAAAAACCUUGGUAUUCAUUGUUUGGGCAUGUGGGCUAUUGCUGUGACAGUAUGGAUAUGUGAUCGAACGUUUUGUUCAUUUUGGCUAUCAAUCUCAUUUCCUUAUCUACAUUCUAUUUGGCAUGUGUUAAUUCUAUUUAGUAGCAACGAAGCUAUUGUUGUCUGUGCAUAUCUCUUGAUCAAAUAUCAAUAUCCUCAAGCAAAUCUGAUGUUACAUGUUUGGCCCAACGAAGAAUGGGGCUCAUUCAGUUUACCGUACCUGAAAUUUCAUGAUGAUGCAAACUAUUUAUCAUCAACAUCGAACAGUUUCGCAACGAAAUCCAUUGUCUAA